AUGAAAGUGAUGAGGAACAGGAAAAAAAUCAUCUCAACAGCAAGCUAACGUUACAAACAAAGCUAGCUAGCUAUCGAUGUUCAGUCUCUGAUAUUAUUGUAUUUGUUUGAAUAGCUUGCUAGAUACCUAUAUAUCGUCAUGAUAUAGAAAACAUAAAGACUGUUUUUAUAUUGAAAAGGGGCCAAAAGCGUCGGGGGACAAUGUCGGGUUCCGUGGUCGAGUUCCAGGCGCAGAUAGCCUCAAUCAUGGAGGUGCUAGCCAACGCGGCUGUAACCGAAAUCUGCAAAGUUGUUGACGAUGGCUAUGCGGUUGUACACAUGGAGAUGUCCCAAAGCCACAAGGAGAACGAAUUUCUCCGGAGGAAAAUGAAAUUGAUGGAACUUCAGAUCGCGAGGUUUCGAGCUGAGAGAACAAAGUUGUCAGAGGGGUCCGUCCAAAAUCGCUUUCAUGGAAUACGCCUCCUAAACAGACACAACCAUCGAGAGACUGCAACGACAGGACCUACUUGGCAAAGCAGAAACAGACUUUCCAACAGGAGUUUUGGGAACAGCAGCAUUCAAAGAGACAGACAGCCCAUAGACGUGGACCAAGACGAUGUCUCUCCAUCAAAGCAUAUGGAUGCUACAAGUGAUGAGCAGUCAACAGAGACAGAGGAAGGGCAACCAGACCUGCUGAUCAUCAAGGUGGAGGGAGAAGCUGAUGACCAGGACUCUAGGAUCAGCCACCCAGCUAGAACAGUGGAGGGCAGCAGAGAACUAACCACCCAACCGGCUGCAGCCACCACAGAGGACUUCGCCUUCCCCAGAGGCAACAACAACUACAACACCGCUAUGGAGCAGUCAGCAGAGACAGAGGAAGGGGAACCAGACCUACUGAUCAUCAAGGAUGAGGGAGAAGCAGAUGACCAGGACUCUAGGAUCAGCCACCCAGCUAGAACAGUGGAGGGCAGCAGAGAACUAACCACCCAACCGGCUGCAGCGACCACAGAGGACUGCGCCUUCCAGCCCAGAGGCAACAUCCACAAUAACAACUACAACAACACCGCUAUGGAGGUCAGUGGAUCUGACGCCAUCCUCCUCCAAUCAGAAACAGGGACUGUGAACCAGGGACCCCAACAGCACACAGGAUUUGAACCCAAAGCAGAGAGACCGAGUCUGGACACAAAGUGUGACAUGAACGGGGACCUCACUCUCCUAAGAGAUUCUUUAAACCAGGUGUGGAGAGAGGCAGUAGCGACUAACGAUGGCACCUCUGCUGCUCACACUAAAGUAAUGGACCUAGGGAGUGGCCCAGAAACACAGACUAGCUCAGACAUGGAAAUGAGAAGUGUAGGGUUAGAAAACCACAGGUUUUCCCCCAAGUCAUUCCAUUCUUCAUCAGAACAUGUGAUAGUGAUUGACUCUGUAUCCACUGGCCAGCAGGUAGAUAGAGGUUUCGAGUGGGGUCAGGUGGGUACAGCUACUACACCACAGGACAAUGGGACUGGAAAUAAACAGGGAGUGGGAGGGUUUAACAGAAAUGCACCAAUGAUUCACCCCAAAUCGAUGAGAGACAACACAACGCUUUUGGUAGCACCUGGUUUCCAUCCUACAGAGAAAAAUACAGGCAUGCAUCUUGACACAGGAAAUGCAAGUGAGGCCAACAAAGAUAGUUGGUCUUCAUUGGCAAGCUUCCAUAGACACUCUGAAAUACCAGGAAGAGGAGUUCAACAACCAGUUCCUGCCUCACUUCCUGACGGCUAUUUUAGACCAAGCGCCACAACUUUCUCUCACUCCAGUAAUUUCGCCUCACACUUUAGACCUGGCACCGUAGAACGACCGUACGGUUGCCCGAGCUGCAAUAAAAAGUUUAUCCACGAGAGCGACUUACAGCAUCACAUGACCAUCCACACCAGGAAGCGAGCGUUCGCCUGCAUGUUGUGUGAGAAGAGCUUUGUGUCCCCCAGCAAGCUCCAAGUGCACCAGAACGUCCACACUGGGGAGAAGCCCUUCAGUUGUGCACAGUGCGGGCGCAGGUUCUCUCAUUCCAGCAAUCUGAAAAGACAUCAGAAGCUUCAUCAUUGAGAAGCGACACAGAAUCAAGAGAUUCCUAUGUAAUAAAAAAAAAGCUAUGGAUUAGCAUUAUGUCAGUUCGUUUUAUAGCAACACGCUGUGAAAGUCCUGCCUACUUCCUGGAUCAUGUACCUUGCUUUUUUUUAUGGGAUUCAAGAGUAAAUAAUCAAAUUCGUGAAAACGCUGUCAUUUGAUAUACAUUUGGGUCCAAAAGUAUUUGGACAGUGACACAUUUUGUUUUUGUUUUGGCUCUGUACUCCAGCACUUUGGUCAUAUUUCUGAUUUGUAUGCCGAAAACACUCACUCAUCAUUAUUCACGAUUUCAUUCAUGAUUAUCUGCAAUCAUGGUAGCAUCCAUAUUAAUGUGGACGUGUUUAGAAACACAUUCUAUUCUUAUUUACAAUAAAAGUGACUCCAGAAUGACACAAUACAUUAUGUACCAUUCACAGCUUCUACCCUCAAGCCAUUAGACUGCUAAACUGUUCAUCAAACGGCUACCCAGACAAGUUGCAUUGACCCCCUUUUUUACACUGCUGCUACUCGCUGUUUAUCUAUGCAUAGUCACUUUACCCCUAACUACAUGUACAUAUUACAUUGACUAACCGGUACCCCCCUGUAUAUAGCAUUGUUAUUGUUAUUUUAUUGUUACUUUUUUUAAAUGUUUUAUUUUGUGCAAAUAUUUUCUUACUUACUUUAAAAUAAAUGCUGCAUUGUUGGUAAGUAAGGAUUUCACGGUAAUGUUUACUACACCUGUUGUAUUCGGCGCAUGUGACAAAUACAAUUUGAUCUGAUUUCUAUUGGGUACAAAAUAAUCUGUAAAACAACCAAAACAAACUGCAAAUGCAUCCAACAAGUAGAGUCACUUGUUUGAUGAAGGCAGGAAUAUCACACAAAUAGGAUCAAUGGUUCAUUUGAUAGAAGACAACCUAUCUUGACAUUGUCAAGUAUUGAAAUCUGGCACGAAUCCCAGACUUUUUUUGCGAUCAAAAAAUUUCCAAUGUAGUGAGAGUGGUUUUAUCGCAAUGGUACAUCAUACCGGCCAAAUUUCGACCUUCUUGAACGGCAAUAGCUCCUAUACACAUGAAAACGCCUUACCCCUGGUAUCGAUAGAGCAUCGCUCACACAAAAACAAUAUAACAUUCAAAAUUUAUGAAUCUUUCCUGUAAAGUUUACAGCCUGUAAUUUAACCUCCUAGUCAUUGUAUCAUUUUGUAUCAAGUGCUGGAGUACAGAGCCAAAACAACAACAAAACAUGUUCACUGUCCAAAUACCUUUGGACCUCACUAUAAACGGGCAAAGGUGUGUGUGAAUCAUGUUGGACAUAUUGGAAUCAGA